CAGAGAAAGAAAGACAGAAGAGUCGUUACACCGUAAUCCUAUCCCUUCCACCUUCCAGAUUUUAUCGGUCGUUACCAUUGUGUGGAUACUCUGUGACCACGCUACUCCUAUUGAUUUUUUUCUCCUCUCUCUCCCUCUCUCUCUCUCCCUCUCUCUGUCUUCUUAUCUCCUACUUCUCACGUCCCAUCGAUAUUUUAUUCUGAGAGCGAAUCAUCGUCCCGCGGAUCUUUGAAAGCCAAGACCGACCGUCUGCGAGCAUUCCGACACACCACGUGGGAGGGCUUCGAUAUUCGAAUCAUUGUGCAAUUCAUCGGAGAUCUAGGCUCGGCAUACGUCUAGUCCUGCAAGGAUGGGCCAGUCGCAUUCAAAGGCUAAAGAUGGCCCUGGUGAUUCGCUGCAGUCGUAUCCUUCGUUCACCCGCUCCGACACCAAGGAGUCUAUCCGAUCUCUGCGAGGAUCAAUCCGGUCCAAGAUCCCCGGCGCGUCGCGGACGGACAGCCCCCGGGGAUCCACCGCGGGCCUGUCUCAGGUUGACAGUCAAACCGACCGGUCGGAUGCUGCGUCGGUCAAAUCCAACGGCAGCCAUUUACAACCGUCUCAGUCGGCAGAAGAUGGCACUGCGCCACAGCCCGACGCCCUCAACCCGCCCCCAUCUCCCUCCCUCUCCUCCAGCCUGAAGCGUGGCCACAAGGAUGUAGACGCCAUGCAGCAAAGUGGCGAGGUCGAUCAUGUCUCCGAUGCUCCGCCAACUGGCGCAGCACCGUCCGGUACGCCUCAGAAGGCGGGCGAGUCAAUUUUGAUCAAGCGAGCAAACCAGCUGAAUCCUAUCCUCGACUUCAUCUUGAAUGCGCCGCUGGAGCAACACGGGUCGCCCGGGAUGGGCAUGGGUGCCCUCAAGUCGAUCGAUCUGGAUGACAUGAUCUCACGCUUGCUGGAUGCAGGCUAUUCAACCAAGGUCACCAAGACUGUCUGUCUGAAGAAUGCAGAGAUCACGGCCAUCUGCUCGGCCGCCCGUGAGCUGUUCCUGUCUCAGCCCGCUCUCCUAGAACUGGCCGCGCCGGUCAAGAUCGUGGGUGAUGUCCACGGCCAGUACACCGAUCUCAUCCGACUGUUCGAGAUGUGUGGCUUCCCGCCAGCCUCCAACUACCUCUUCUUGGGCGACUACGUCGACCGCGGAAAGCAAAGUUUGGAGACCAUUCUACUGCUACUGUGCUACAAGCUGAAGUAUCCUGAGAACUUCUUUCUGCUCCGGGGUAAUCACGAGUGUGCCAACGUUACCCGUGUGUACGGCUUCUAUGAUGAAUGCAAACGGCGGUGUAACAUCAAGAUCUGGAAGACCUUUGUCGAUACCUUCAACUGUCUUCCCAUCGCCUCCAUUGUCGCCGGCAAGAUCUUUUGCGUUCAUGGCGGGUUGUCGCCCAGCCUGUCGCACAUGGAUGAUAUCCGUGGCAUCGCGCGUCCAACCGAUGUUCCGGAUUAUGGGUUGCUUAAUGAUCUCCUCUGGAGUGAUCCGGCUGACAUGGAGGAAGACUGGGAACCGAAUGAGCGCGGUGUCAGCUACUGUUUUGGAAAGAAAGUCAUCAUGAACUUCUUGCAGCGCCAUGAUUUCGACCUGGUGUGCCGGGCACACAUGGUUGUCGAAGAUGGCUACGAGUUUUAUCAAGAUCGCAUUCUCGUCACUGUUUUCUCUGCUCCGAAUUACUGUGGUGAAUUCGACAACUGGGGUGCAAUAAUGUCUGUUUCGGGCGAGUUGCUCUGCAGCUUCGAGUUGCUCAAACCUCUAGACUCUACAGCUUUGAAGAAUCAUAUCAAGAAAGGUCGCAACAAGCGAAAUAGCAUUCUCAGCAGUCCUCCUGCCGCGGUAUCUGCGCAAAGUUAUUAGACGCAUCAUUGCCAAGACUAUCAUUUGCAUUACUGCGACCGUUUCCUUAUCCGGAUAAGACUUCCCAAUAUCUGUGCGAUCUCUGCGCUCCAACCCCUCCUGUCCCAGGAUAUCAUCCCGGGAGGAGCUCACGCGCUCUUCAAUAAAUGGAGAAAAGCCGACCCUCGGGCCAAGGUUCUGCCUAGAGGACUCGAAAAACAAAUGGCUGUGGCCAGAUUGAAUACCGCCCGCAUGGGACGAGUGGUGGAAGAAAUCUUCUCUUCGCGAAGCGCCAUAACUGCGCAAGAGAGAGUUUCUGCUUGAAAGUCCAAAAGGCAAAUACAGGCCAUGGAAUCUUUUACUAUAACGAG